AUGGGAAGUAAAUGGAGGAAGAUGAAAAUGGCUUUGGGUCUGAAUCUCUGCACUUACCUCCCAAGAACCCUAGAGGAACCACCCGCUGCUUUGAAUUCGACAGAGAGAUUGUCCGAUGUUGCUCUGCUCUCUCCUCUCAACUGGCCCAUGACCCCAACACCUUCCUCUCACGGCCUCAAAUUAUCCAGAAAUAGCUCUAAAUCCUCCAAGACAUGUUCUAUAUGCUUGACAAAGAUGAAAGAAAAAGGAGGUCAUGCGAUUUUCACAGCAGAGUGCUCACACUCGUUUCAUUUCCACUGCAUUGCUUCAAAUGUGAAACACGGAAACCAAGUUUGCCCAGUGUGCCGUGCCAAAUGGAAAGAAAUCCCAAUGCAGCACCCAAGUUUUGAUCUUCCUUAUCUCUUUCCUCUUAGACCUUACAACAACAACGAUGCAGCUAUUAGCCUCCCACACCGCUUGCCUACGCCACGUCGAGUCAUGAAUCAAGGACGAGUUCUUGCUCCUGAGCCGUCUAUCUUCAACGACGAUGAACGGUUAGAGCAGCAGCUUGUGUUUUCCGGGAACAAUCAUCCUGUUCGAAUGAUGGACUUGAAGAUAUACCCUGAGGUUUCUGCUCUGCCACGAGAUGAGUCCCGUGAGAAGUUUGAUGUAUUGGUUCAUCUCAGAGCUGCUGCUAUGGCUACUGGAGAUGCUAACAGUCAGAUAUCUCGAUAUCCUCGAGCUCCGAUUGAUCUUGUUACAGUUCUUGACAUCAGUGGAAGCAUGGCAGGGACUAAACUGGCUCUCCUGAAACGAGCGAUGGGUUUUGUGAUUCAGAAUCUUGGGUUGAAUGAUAGGCUUUCUGUUAUAGCUUUCUCUUCGACUGCACGUCGUCUGUUCCCUUUGACAAAGAUGUCUGAUGAUGGAAGGCAGAGAGCUCUUCAAGCUGUGAACUCAUUGGUUGCAAAUGGUGGGACGAACAUCGCUGAAGGUCUUAGGAAAGGUGUCAAGGUCAUGGAAGAUCGGAGAGAUAAGAAUCCGGUGGCAAGCAUUAUCCUUUUGUCUGAUGGGAGAGAUACAUAUACCAUGAACCAACCUGAUCCAAACUACAAGCUGUUGCUUCCGUUGUCUAUGCAUGGUUGUGAGAGCAAAAGGUUUCAGAUUCCUGUUCAUUCUUUUGGCUUUGGAUCAGAUCAUGACGCUUCGUUGAUGCAUUCUGUCUCUGAAACGUCUGGAGGGACGUUCUCGUUCAUCGAGAGCGAGUCUGUGAUCCAGGACGCUCUUGCACAGUGCAUUGGUGGGCUUCUAAGCGUUGCGGUUCAGGAGCUACGGUUGGAGAUCGAUGGUAUGUGCUCAGAUGUUCAUCUCAGCUCGAUCAAAGCCGGGAGUUACUGGAGCCUUGUUGCUGGUGAUGGUCGGUCAGGGUUUGUGGACAUUGGUGAUCUUUACGCUGAUGAAGAGCGGGACUUCUUGAUUUCUAUCAAGAUUCCAGCUCAGAGAGAUGGUUACGAGACGCCGCUUCUUAAAAUGAGAUGUGUUUACAAAGAUCUUUUGAGUAAAGAGAUUGUGACGCUUCAGAGUCAUGUGCUCAAGAUUGAAAGACCAGAAGCCGUUGGUCAAGAAGUUGUUGUGUCCAUUGAAGUGGACAGGCAAAGAAACAGAUUCUUGGCCGCGGAGGCGAUGGUAAAGGCGAGAGCUUUAGCUGAAGGAGAGGAUUUAGCAGCAGCUGUUACGGUUAUACAGAGUUUUAGAGAGGCUUUGGCAGAGACGGUCUCAGCAAAGUCGAAUGAUGGGUUUUGUGUGGCUUUGGAUAGAGAGCUGAAGGAAAUGCAAGAAAGAAUGGCGAGUAGGCAUGUCUAUGAGGUGUCAGGAAGAGCUUACAUCCUCUCUGGACUUAGCUCACACUCAUGGCAGAGAGCAACAGCGAGAGGAGAAUCAGGAGAUGGUUCGAGUUUUGUUCAGGCUUAUUAUCAGACUCCAUCGAUGGUUGAGAUGCUACACCGAUCUCAAGCAACGUCGCAUCACAGACUCAUCCAGCCGUUGUUAUCAUUUGCAUCUCAACCAAAGCCAAGGUGA